GUAUUAUGUUAAAAUAAUUUCAAAAUUUAGAAAAGGGUUGAGCUUCCCUGCCUUUUGCCGCGGUAUGCUACUUGACCAUUUUUUAUAUACCUGGGUUCUUUGUGUCGCACUUGCAUAUCACAUUAUUCAAUAUGAAAUUAUUAAACGAAAUUUAAUUGUCUUGCUCGCACUUAUGUGGUUAAUGCGUGAAUUGAUCUAUUGCUUUCUCGUUCGCGUUGCUUAUUAUUUGUUCUUGGUUUAUUAUGUUCUACCCUUGAUUUUAUUUGGUUUGGAUUGUCGAUUGCUUGUUGUGUUCGUUUCAUUCAUUCACGGUGGUGUAACAUUGUACUUUGCUAUUGAUGCGGUUAUUAUGUCUUGCGUUAUUCCUAAUGGCCAAUGAUACUGCUAAAAAACUAUCUAUUUACUACCAGAAUAUACGCGGACUACGCACUAAAACCGAUGACUUCUAUCGUCAAUUAUGUGUUAAUUUGUACGACGUUGUUAUAUUGACGGAAACUUGGCUGGUGAAUGGAAUAUCUGACUCGGAGUUAUUUUGUGACCGUUAUAUUGUGUGGCGCCGUGAUCGAGAUUAUCAUCGUACGGGUCAAACUCGGGGAGGUGGUGUGCUGAUAGCAGUGAACAAGCUCAUAUCAGCAGUGCCCCAGCCGCUAUUUCAAUCCACUGCGGAGGAUCUUUGGGUUUCGCCCAAUUCAUUGAAUUGAAUUUGUGAGAAAUAUCGGUUAAAGGCUAAUUAAAUUUCAUUAUUGGUAAAUAUGGUUAACUAUUGUUGUGUGUACGGAUGUGGUAGGAACAGCAAAACCAGUAAACAUCUGUAUUACUACGGUUUACCAAAGGAGAGGAACCGGUUACUACAAUGGCUUGAAGCUAUAGGCCGCACAGACUUGCUUGAAAGAGAUCACAAAAAGUUAACACACAGAGUCUGUUCCCGCCAUUUCUCUCCCUCAAAUAUCAAGAACAAACAUCUGUGUGCUGAUGCUGUACCUACUUUAUGUCUAUCUAAUUAUACAAAUGAUGGAUCAAAUGAGUCUGAAACUCAGACAGCACAUGACAACAUAGUAUGCAACAGCUGCAACAAGUCCAUCCUUGGUUUCCGAUACAAAUGCAUCACCUGUCCCGAUUAUGAUCUCUGCUCCAAGUGUGAGAUGCUGGAAGCACAUGACCAGCAUUACUUGCUGAGAAUACCCAAGCCUGUUAAUUUUGCAGUAGCAGAUAAUCUAAUAAAAAAAUGGCGAAAGUUAAUCAAAAAAGAAAACAAUAAAUCUGGCAUAAAGACCGACAUAGAUUGCAGUAGUAGCGAUGAUGAUGUACCCAUAACGAAAUAUGUGAAAAACUAUGACAGCGGAAUUGAGUUGACAGAAGAAGAAAAAUCAAAAAUCCGAGAUGAAGUUACUAGAGUACUAAAUAUUAAGAAUAUACACACAGAAGAUAUAGCCAAAGGCAAACAGAAAGCGCUGAAAAGAAAAUUGCCACAGAAGAAGAGAAGAGAUAAAGAGUUUAAGGAAUUGGUUGAGAUUUGUGUCGGGGCAGAAGAAAUGGCUACUGUGGCUACGGUACCAGAAGUCUUCUUUGCCGAUGUCAAUGACAUUGCAACCAAUCAGAAUUUGGAUGUGAAGGAGGAAAUUGCUAAUAGUCUUACGCCUUUAGUUGCAGAAACAGAUUCUCAAAUUGAACACAGUAUCAAGCUGAAUGAUGAACUGUCGGAGUUUCUGAUAGGAGUCAAGUAUCCUGGAACUUAAAAUAGAAAAAUCAAGAUUAUUUAUUUCGUUUUAUAUAGAAACUUUAAAUAGAAUAAGGACAAAGAAAAAUAAUCGUGUAAUCUAUGUUAAAUUGAUGAAAUUGUGUUUAUAAUUAAAAAUAUUAACUUAAAAAAUAAAUUACAAUGACAUAUUAUAACAUUUCUUUCACUUAGCUCUCUCAGCUCUGUUAGUCUAACAAAGUAGUUGAUAAAAACCGUCUGUUCAUCUUUGAAACAUAGUGACUACGUAUUUCU